UAGGGUUUAAAAAAAGGGCCAGCUAGUUUGACUGCGUCGCACUGCUGUAACUGUUUCAAGUCUGAUUGAAUUGAAACAGGAUCGGAUUGUGACGUUUUUAAGGCGAUUAGGUAGCCGCCAGAGUAUCAAUUUGAAGGCGAAUGGAGAUGGUUUUGGAUCUGACGAGUACCUUGCCGGAUACAAUUAUGAUGGAUAUAUUUUCGAACUUGUCAAUGAAAGAGGCUGCAAGGACAAGUGUUGCAUCCCGCCGGUUUCACAAUCUAUGGAAAUCUUAUGGGGGCUGUUUGGACUUUGAUGACGUGGAGACCAGAGUGCUUCUUCGGGAUGACCAAAAGAGGUUUGAUGUUGAACAGAGGAAAUAUGUAGACUGGGUGAAUCAAGUGGUGGUUUCACAUCAAGGCCCAAUGAUUGAACAAUUCAGGGUGUGUUUUGAUCUGGGAGCAGAUGAAUCCGCCAUUAUCGACCGAUGGAUGGAGUUUGCAGCAGCCAGGAAGGUUCACAGGCUCGAGUUGGACUUAUCAUCCAUGCUCGCGUGCGGUAAGACCUACAAACCGGUUAAGGGUUUGGAUGACGUUUACAACUUCCCCAAGUCGGGUGCUGGUUACUACUUUAAGGUGCUAGCUUCUCUGCGACUGAAUGCUGUAGACAUUGCUGAACAAGACGUGCUGAAUCUUUUAUCCGACUGUCCGCUGCUGGAGGAUUUGUCGAUUGCUGGUGCACCAUCUCUACAUAAUCUGAGCAUUUUGGGUGGUGGCGGCGGUCGGCCGCUUAGGUUGAAGCAAUUGGAGAUCAGAAGGUGUAUUCGGUUGGAUCAUAUUGAGGUAGCAGCAGCCCGGAAUCUUGUUUCUUUUACCCAUCAAGAAAAAUAUGAGCUUGGAGCACUGCACUCUACCAACAUGCGCUUCCAAGAUGUUCCCCAACUUUCUUCAGUUUCCCUUGGAGUUGGUGAUUACCUUGAACAUUGUGUAUCUUACAGAUUCAAAGGGCGUCCUUUUCUUAUCUUACAGCAGGUACAGACGUUGAUUCUCAAUCUGGAUCUCAUGGUGUCUCGUGAACCAUACCUAUUUCCUUAUAGAGCAUUUGAUGAAUUUGCAAAAUUUCCGAAUCUUCGCCAUCUGGAAUUAAGUUUCAGGGUAUCAGGCAGCCUGUUUUUUACUGUUUUAUUUCUCUGUGCAUCACCUUGUUUGCAUAAAUUGGUGCUCCGGUAUAAAAUAGAUUGUGGAGCAAGGAAGCGCAAUCCUCAACUGAUGUGGUGGGACGAGGCUGCCAUAGAGUCUGGGCAUCGGCAGGUGGCGGAGAGGAGCAAGUAUGGAUGCCUCAAGGAGGUGGAACUUUUGGGCUGGAAUGGAGGAGAGGGUGAGGUUGAGUUUGUUAAACAUUUGAAUGAGGCCGGUGCAGGAUCACUUGAGAGGAUAACUGUUGACCCUCGCAAUCCAUGGCUAGAUAUAUUUUUCGACAACCCAUUAUCACCGCCUUCCGAGGAGGUAAUUGCUGCCCAGGAAGCUGCUAGGAAUCGUGCCAGGGACUUGGAACCAAUAUUAUCUCCACCAGCCAAAUUGGUGGUUUUAUAAUCUGCCUAAUAUCUUAGGCAAUUUUUGUACUAAGUUGAUUCUGGUGAUGGGUCUCGUCCUCAAGGAGAGAUAUCAUAGGAUUGGGUGACUACUUACAUCUGCGUAACUUAAAGCUCACUUUCUGAAUGGAAAAGUUUCUGCCAUAUUUGUUAUAGCACAAAUAACUGGAGCAAGAUUUAUGCUCCCUGCCCCUUUUUUCCAAAAUUUUAUCUUCGUUGAAGCAAUGAAAAUGCUCCAAUGCUGAUUUUCGUA